AAAAUAUAGCCUAUAAAUAUGGGCACCAUGUCGCAUGGCCAUUGCAUCUCAUGUACAAUGGCAAUCCCCAUUCAGAGCCUCUUCUCCUUCUUCUUCUUCGUGUUGCUUAUUUGCGGUGAUGCAAGGGUUUUGGAAGAGCAAAACCAAGAAACCCCAUCUACAAACGACUUUGAUCCUGAGAAAAACUUCCUUUACUAUAAUUAUGCCAAACAAAAGACCCCAUCUACAGAGGGCUUUGAUCCUGAAAAUAUUAUCUGGUACCAUAAUUAUGCAAAAAAAGAUGAAGAUAGCAACACUAUAUCUCACCAUCCCCUAAGCUCAUCUCAAACAGCAUCCACAAAGGAUUUUGAACCUGAAAGCAGUGUCAAAGAAAUGGACUCACAUUCUCAUAUAACCAGCCAUGAUCGUGCUCCAGGAUCCGAAAAUGUUUUCUUCCACAUGAAGGAUCUCAAGGUUGGAAACAAACUUGACCUCUACAAUAUGGUUGACAAAACCUUGGCAGCCACCUCCCCUCUACCACGCCAAGAAGCCGAUUCCAUUCCCUUUGCAUCUGCUUCACUCCCUGAUAUCUUGCAUCGCUUCUCGAUCCCUCCGGACUCACCUCUAGCUAAGAAAGUAGCAAGGAACCUUCACAUAUGUGAGUCUCCCCCAUUAAUGGGCGAACGCAAGUUUUGCGCCACAAGCCUCGAGUCCCUGCAUGACUUUGUCUUAUCGAUCUUGGGGCCUAAAGCUAAACCCCAAGUGCUGGCAACUACCUUGCACAACGAAGAGAAUCGUCCUCCCCUUGUGCAAUCUUACAUUGUGAAAGAGAUUAUGCUUCGAUUAACACCACCAUAUCUGCCCGUUUGUCAUCCAAUGACUUACCCGUAUACUGUGUUUUAUUGCCAUGUCGUGGUUAAAACCACGGCCUUGAUGGUGAAGCUAGAAGAUGAGGAUGGAAGCAAAAUGGAUGCUGCAGCAGCUUGUCACUUGGACACCUCUGACUGGGACCCCGACCAUGUUUCUUUCAAGGUGCUUGGCAUCAAGCCAGGCACUGAACCUGUUUGCCAUUUCUUUCCAGAGACUCACUUGGCUUUCAUUACGACUUCUCUCGAGGCAGCCGUGUGAUCAUGAUCCUGAACCAUGUUGGAUGGUCAGAAUGCCAUUGCGUUUGCAUGUAAUUGGGUUUGUGUGUUAGUAACAAAGGCAUUCUGUAGUUAUAAAUAAGGUAAUUUUCAACCAUGUCCGUCCUCUUAUCAUGUGGUGCUUUUAUCAGCAGUGUCAUUGUAGUAAACCAGUCUAUGUUUUUGUAAUGUUGUUUCAACCAUGUCCCUCCUCUUAUCAUGUGGUGCUUUUGUUAGCAGUGUCAUUGUAGUAAACCAAUCUAUGUUUUUGUAA